AUGUCAGUCCGAAUACACUUCGAUCAACCCGAUAACCACUGCUACACAAAUCUCGACUAUGUGAGUGGUCGUGUGACGCUCAUUCUUCCCGCAGACGCAACGAUCGCUGCCAUCACAGUGAAACUCGAAGCCGAAGCGCGGACCAGAUUAGAGGCGCCCAAAUACCCUGGAAAUGAGCGAUCAGAGAAGAAGCGCACAGAGCGCGAGAUACACAAGCUUCUGUACCAGGUCUUGACCGUUUUCCCCACGCCUGAACUCCAGGCAUCGUCCCCUAAUGCUCAUUUCACACUUCUGGCUGGCCAGUACAACUAUGCCUUCAAGUUCAAGUUCCCAUUCAACAAUGACUGCAACAAAAAUCAAAGUCUGCUCAAGGACCUCAAGGUUGGCCAGCUGAAUGUCCAGUUCGCGCCGGAUCUCGAUCAACAUGUCAAGAAGACGCUGCCUCCGUCCCUGAGUGGCUUUCCAGGCCGAGCGGACAUCUUCUACUAUCUGAAGGUCACGGUGGUACGACCCAAGUUUUAUCAGGAGAACAUUCGGUCCCAAAUUACGCUUAAAUUUCUACCGAUUGAGCCUCCUCGUCCUCCCGACAAGCAAGAAGAAACCUUCGCUCGCCGAAAGCAGCAGUUCCAGAAGUAUGCCGGGCAGCCUGCACGCAAGAAUAGUCUCUUCAAAAAGUCUGCUCCUGACAGCCCAGUCGCGGAACCUCCGACAUUUCAGGUCGAUGCUCGUCUGCCGAACCCAGCAAUUCUGACAUGCAAUGAAAGCAUUCCUCUGAGGAUGCUCGUGCAGCGACUCGGUGAUGUUAAUGCAGAUGUGUACCUGAGCAUGUUUCAGAUCGAACUCGUAGGGUGGACCGAGAUACGAGCACACGAUCUGAAGCGGGUUGAGAGUGGAAGUUGGAUUAUCAAGUCGUUGGCGAACAUGAACAUGCCUCUCAAUAUGCCGAAGCUCAAGUCGCAGACCGAGUUCAAGGUCCCAUCCCACCUGUGGGACAGUGUCCCGUUGCCGAAUACAGUUGCCCCAUCCUUCGAUACCUGCAACAUAUCACGAAAGUACGAGCUCGAAAUCCGCGUCGGCCUGUCGCAUUCGGUCGAUGGUGAUUCCCGACCUGAGAUGAUUGUGCUCCCGUUGAAGCUGCCGGUCGAAGUCUGGUCUGGAAUCGCGCCACCAGCGGGCCUCGUUAGGGCCAUGAGGGAACGGGCUGGCACUGCAGAGAGCGGUAACGACAACCCCACGCAGCAGUCUGCGAAACACACAUACGAGACCAGCAACAGUGCGCCGUCACCUGCAGUACCUGGAGGCUCCAUGCAGAAACAGCAACCACUCCCCGCGUCAGGCGAGGACGACGGACCGCCGCCACCCAGCUACGAAGACGCAAUGGCGGAAGACUUCACACCCGUCGACGGCCCUCGCCGUGAAUACAACAUACCCGCAGGUGAACCACAGACUCCAGCUUUCAAUAGCGAUUCCAAGUCUGGCGGCCUCAGUCGACGAGUCAGUGAACGGCUGUUCUCGUCAAAUGCGCCAUCGGGACCGGGGAGAGUCACGCAGCAGUCCAACACCAUAGAGGAAGAGCAGUCAUACACUGAAGAUAACCCACCACCCUUGCCUACGAGAUCAUCGACAACAGAAAAGGGCUGA